AUGGCAGAACAGGAAUUAGCCUUGUUGAACAGGGUUGAAUUGAAGUUUGCACUUGCCGAAGAUGACCAACAAUUGGAGAAAACACUUGGUUUAUACCUCGCCCCCACUUUACUAAAACUAUCCAGUCCCCACGCCGAAGUACGCAAGCUGGUUCUCAAGAUCAUUCAACAUGUCAUGCCUCGAAUCACAAGUAAGACUAUCCAAUUGCCCGUAAGGUCGUUGAUAGAACAAGUUUAUACACCGAAUGUCCAAGCAGGUUUAGACACGACAUCUGUGAGGUUAUACUCGGCAUUGUUUUUGGCACGAGGAGUCGACAGACUAAGUUUCGAGGAGAAAAAGUCGUUGGUGCCAUUGGUUGUACAAGGGAUGUCCAAUCUUCCAUAUUCCAUUGCUGCUCGAAUGUUUAGUGUGUUGUGCAAGCUUUUGGUUGGCUGGAAAGCUCCUGUUUGGGACUCAUUGGAGUAUCAUGCAUUCAGGCAAAGCUUUGGUUUCACGUCAAAUCCGACGAACGAAAAAUACUUGGCGUUUAAAAUCAGUCAGUUUCUAAGACUCAAGCCCACAGCAAUUGGAGUUGACUCGACCUCAGGCUUGACUGAACAAGAAGUGAAGUUCUUUACUACCGAUGCAGGUAUGGUUUAUUACGACAAUAGAGAUCUACUUGAUGUUAAGGUGAAUUUACUUGAGUUUUUAAAGUCGGCUUUCUCCUUGGAUCAGUGUAUAUUACCAUAUUUGAUUGCUGCUGCUGAUCCAGCUUUGAAUAUCAAUGAUGUUUACAGCAAAACUUUAAAGCAACAACAACUGCAGUUGCAACUGCAACUGCAACUGCAACUGCAAUCACUGUCAAAUAUUGCGCUGGUACAAAUACUGGAUUCUCGGAACUUGAUGGAUUAUUUGAUAGACAUGUUUUUCGUGGAAACUGAAAAGAGCACAACAAGUGUCAACUUGAAAACUAACAUCUUGCACUUGCUAGUCAAGACCGAUAGAUUUUUUGUCCAUCCAGGUUUGCCCCGUGUGGCAUUGAAUGCUCUCAACUCAGAGCAACGUAAGAUUCGGUAUUCGAUAUUGGAUAUUGUGUAUCUGUAUGCAAAUACACACAAAGGUUCAAGUCAAUCCAAUGCAUUUGCAAAUGAAGUUGCGCAAACUUUAAAAACUCAAUUGUCUGAUAAAAGCCAAAUAACAAACGAUUCACUGGCUAAUUUGGAACGACAAAAGAAAUAUGAGACUUUAGGGAGCCUCUUAUUGGCUUCACCGUCGCUUUUCCUUUCGCAAUGGGAGUAUAUUUCUUUCCUCUUUGACGCCUUGAGUAUCGAGCCUCCUGAAACACGAGUUGUGAUUCAGGGUGUCUUGUCUGGUUUGGCAGUCUAUUUUGGACAACUCAGUGAGGGCAACAAGAAUGAGUUGCGUUUAUUAGCCUGGCACGAGCUUUCACAAGUCAAUACUAGGAAAACAUCACACGUUAUAAUAAAGUAUGUCAAUGCGGCAUUUCCAUUUGAAGAUGCAUUUGCAAGGUUUAUUUGUUUAUUGGGAACCAACAACGAAUUUGGAGCCGAGACCAAUGAAGAGUCCAAGCGCGGCUUACAUCCUUACUAUUUCAAUUUACACACAUCAGACUAUGCCAAUAAUCGCCGUGUCCAGUUCCCCGAUUUUAGUACAUUUGUCAAUCUUUUUGUUGAAGAGUUCUCGAAAGCACAAUCAUUACCAGACCUGAGUAUUUACUCGGUUGUUCCUAAAAUUAUUGAGUUUGCAAAACAACUUUUGGUUAUGGAGGCUACUCGUGAUUCCAAAACUGUGAUUUAUGUAGACGAAGAAUGGUCAUUAAGAGUAGAAAAGUCGAUAGAAUCAGAUUUGGAAGUACGCAAAUUACUAAAAAUCAGACUGGGUUUAUUGGUGGAAAACAUGUCGAUUUUAUUGAGGUGUUGCAUCGACGUGUUAACAGAAAGUUUGAAAGAAGGCGCCAUUUUUAGACAGACCCUGGCUCAAGAAACUUCAUUCCAUACAGUCCAGCUUUUGACAUUUGCCUCUUUUGAAUCAGUUCAAACUUUGAUACCAUUGUUGCCCUCAUUAAUGCACGAAACAUUGGACAAAAGACUUGAGCCAAAGACAUUGCUGCGUGUGAGUAAAAUCAUCAGCAUCAUUGUUAGCAGCUAUUCUGCAAUUGAUCAACCAGAGCUUGAAACUAUUGUGCAACAGAUGAGUGCAUGUAAAUACUCUGAAACAUCGAUGUUAAUGAGAUGUUAUUUGUAUGCACGAAUAUUUAGCAAAGGUGUUCAACUUCAAAACCUCAAUUUUCUUGAUAAGUUUCUUGAUAAGUUGCUUGUCGAUUUGGAAAACUCGUUAGCAUCGAGGCAAUCACGCGACACUGUAAUUGAAGGGAUCUACGAGAUGGCCAUUUACGGGUUGUUGCGCCAAAUUCUUUUAACGAAACCAACUUUUGCUGAUACAAUCAGGUUAGGCGUAAAGGAGAGUUUGAAAAAGUUUGAUGAAAAAGCAGUUUUACUCUUGGGAGCUUUAGCAAUGAGCAAUAGUGAUACUAACCGUCCAUCUUCUGACUCAGCUGAGGGUUUACUCACUCAAGAUGAGCAAGCUAUUUACAACUAUCACAAUUCAAAAGAUAUUGAAGUGAUUUUUGCCUCUGGAGAAGCAUUGACUUUGGCAGCUGCUGGAUUCAAAUCCAAACAAAUUUUGCUCCAGCGUGACACGAUUGGAAGUAUCGAGUUGGACUCUCUUACCAGUGAAACAACUCGAUUGCCCAUCUUGCUUGAUACUGUUUUUGAUGCAUGUAAGAAUACGAAACCUUUACUUAGAAGAGCUGGUUGUAUUUGGCUUCUUCUGUUUGUACAAAACUGUGGACACCUUAACAUAAUCAAAGACAAGUCCAUUGAGAUACAGGCCGUUUUUAUGAAGUUUUUAGCAGACAGAGAUGAGCUCAUACAAGAUGCUGCAUCCAGAGGGUUAUCCCUCUUGUACGAGCUAGGUGACAAAAAUUUGCGUGAAACACUUGUCAAAUCAUUGUUUAAAUCGUUUACUCAAACAGAUACAAACACCUAUACAGCUGGUAGUGUUGAACAAAAUACUACGCUUUUUGAACCAGAAACUUUGAAAUCCAAUGACGGAUCCAUUUCCACGUACAAGGACGUUCUUAAUCUAGCACAAGAGGCAGGAGACCCGAGUCUAGUGUACAAAUUCAUGUCGAUAGCCAAAUCAUCUGCCUUGUGGUCGUCAAGAAGAGGAAUUGCUUAUGGUUUAGGAUCGAUACUUGCGCAAACGUCGAUGGAUGAUUUGUUACUAAAAGAUAAAAAUUUGGCCAAAAGGCUAAUCCCGCGUUUAUACAGGUAUAGAUUCGAUCCAUACCCACAAGUCUCACUGUCGAUGGAGACUUUAUGGACUACUUUGGUUAAAAAUUCACUGCAAGUUGUUAAGGACUAUUCUUUGAUUAUUUUGGAUGAUUUAUUGAAAGGAAUGGGAAAUAAAGAAUGGCGUAUUCGUCAAGCUAGUGCCACUGCGUUAAAUGAUCUUUUCCAUGUGAUUGAUUUCAAUCUGUAUGUGGACCGUCUCAAAUCGAUUUGGAAUAUGACUUUCCGUGUUAUGGAUGAUAUCAAGGAUAGCGUUCGUAAGGAAGGAGAAAAGUUGGCCAAGACACUCGUUGCUACAUUGACCAGAGAACUUGGCAAGAAGAAGAAGAAGUCAAAUAGUGAUGACGAGAACGGCAACUUGUUGGGCGAAUUGAUUGAAUUUCUUUUGGGAAACAAAGGUUUGGGAUCAGAGUCUGCUGAGAUCAAGGAGUUUUCCAUUAGUACACUUUUGAAAUUGUGUAAAUCCAAGAGCAAGAUGUUGAAACCAUAUGUAGGUGAGUUGGUUGAGAACUUUAUCCUUCAAUUCUCAACGAUGGAGCCCGAGGUUGUUAAUUAUCUUGCUUUGAAUGCUGGAAAAUACAACAUUGACAAUAAUGAGCUUGAUUCCAAAAGAUUGAAAAGUGUUGGUAACUCGCUGUUGAUGGAUUCGAUAGAUUUCUUGCUACUGCAAUUGGACGAGUCGCAUAUUGAGCAAUUUAUGAGCAAACUUUCCCAUGCCGUCAAGCGAAGCGUUGGCUUGCCCUCAAAAGUGAGUGGCUCAAAGGUGUUGAUAACUUUAGUGACAAAUCAUAGGGAGUUGAUACAGCAGCGUCUGCAGGGACAAUUUUUACUAAACUUGGCAGUGAGUCAAUUUUCAGAUCGAAAUGAAACAGUUGCAAGUUGUUAUGCUGCUGCUGCUGGCUACAUCUGCAGGGUUUGCACAACUGAUACCAUUGUUAAUUAUUCGCAGAAACUUUGUUCCAUGUACUUUGACCCCAAAGAUUGGUCAAAAGCACGCUACUUGUCCUCCGUUGCUAGUGAAUGUUUUUCUCGAUAUGGCGGUGACAAAUUCGACGUGUUGGCAUCUGCAUUUCUACCAUUUGCUUAUGUGGGCAGGUUUGAUGGAAAUGAACGUGUGCAUACAAAUUUUGAUAAAGUGUGGACAGAACAUGCUAGUGGAAGCUCUGCAGUGAAAUUGUAUGCAACAGAUAUCUUGGAAUUUUUCACAACUUAUUUGCAAUCAAACGAAUUUGCUGUUCGUGUCACGCUUGCCAAAGCCUUGUCUAAUUUGUGUGCAGUUUAUACAACCUUUGAUCUGUUUUCGUCACAAACAGUGACAAAAGUUUUAAACUCUUUAGUAGAGGCAAACAGAGGCAAGUCAUGGGACGGAAAGGAAUAUGUGUUUCAAGCGUUGGUUGAUUUUUCUAUCUUGUCCAAGUCUUUUUGGUUAUUGCACGAUCUGGAUUUGAAAAAUGGAAUUGAGAAAACCGUGAGCACAGAAAUUAAGCGGAAGAAUAAGGUAUACCUGCGAUUGGCGCUUCGUGCCGCAUCCAAAUUUGUCCAAAACACUCCGGUUUCCACAGUUAAUGAUGUCUUUUUUGAUAUAAUGAGAGAGUUUUUGCAGCGCGAAUAUAAAGUUAGAAAUGGUAAUGGCGGUGGUGCAAGUGAUGGUGAUAGUGAUAGUGAUGUUGAGAUGGCUGAUGCUAAUGGCGAAAAAGGACCAGGGGCAAUUGCGCAAGAAGAAAGAAGGUUGGAACUUUUGGAUAUUCUUGGUGAUUCGUUCUCUCCCGGUUCAACUUUAAAAGUACAAUUGGAUUUACUCUGGUGGGCUAUUAAAAAAUCGCUCAACCCGGGGCUUUUCCCUACAUGGAGGACAAAAGUGAGAGUCUGUAAACUAUUGAGAGGUGUAUUGCAAGAUUUACCAAAAGAAGUGGAUACCGAAACGUCGUUGGGUGAAACGUGGAUCAUUAUUUGUGACCAGUGUUUGCAUGUUUCAGAACUCGAAUCAGUCAAGAUUGAAAUGAUUCGACUCUCAAAGAGCAUUAUCAAGUUUGUAGAGUCGGAAGCCAUCAAGAAUUUGAUUGUUUCCAAGUUGUCAGAGUUUAGAGCAAAAGAGACCUCGAGUGUUGUCAAAGUAGAGGUAGAAAAGGAAUAA